GAAAGUGAAACUGCUUCACAAAGAGAAUAAAACUAGGGUUCUGCAGUACAGUAUUUCUUGCUUUUUCUUUCUUUCUUACUGCUCUGCCAGCAACAGGACAGAUAACCUACGGACACUGCAUCAGUGAGAAAACAGAUUCCCAGAUGAAGGUUUGCUGUGAUGUCAACAGCAGAUCUGCAAAGUGAGAAGCAGUUUAAUCCAGAGCAAGUGAGAGAGAACUGUGCCUCCCCACAAUGGAGGAAAACGAUGAUGAAUUUUACGACUGCAUGACUGACUGGAGCGAAGGUCAAGGUCAUGAGAGGGUGCUUCUGAAUGAUUGUGGAGCACCUUCUACACCUAGCCAGGAUGAAGAGCCAUCUACGUCCUCCUCAGUCACACAGGCCACCACAGAAAUGAUUUCGGACCCUCAGGAUGAGGAGCCAUCAACCUCUGUGGAGCCUGCUGCUUCUCCAGAGCAGGAAACUUCAGUGACACAACUGGAGAGCUUGUUAAAGGAUCUGGGGUUGGAGGACCACUACACAGAGAAGAUUUCACUGGGCAAAGUACUUCAGAUUGAUAAGAGGACCAUUAGUGACGAACCUCCCAAAUGCCAGUCAGAUCUUCCAUGGUACUUUCUGAAGAAAUUAAUGAUGGUUAAUGUCACAGCAAGAAAUGUAAGCACAGGAUGUGAAUCAGCCAACAACCCAGCAUCAGACAACGCUGAAUUUGAUUUUGAUAAUCUGCUGGACAUUACAAACACACAUCACAUGGUAAACCCGCUUGACAUAAUCACUGCUCUCUUCUUGUGUUCUGAUGUUUUUUUGCAACAGGAACUGGCACUCAAAAUGUCCAUGUGCCAGUUUUCUGUGCCACUGCUGCUUCCAAAUUGUGACACAAAUGUGUGCAAACUCAUGCUGUGGGCCAUGAGAGACAUUGUUAAAAAGUACAGACCUCAGUCAGUCUUAGAAUCCAAAGGCUUUGUUGAAGCCAGAAUUGUGCGCUCUGAACUUCCAAUGAUAUCUUUUGUGAGACUGGGGGAAUGCUCCCUCUCCAAGUCAAAGAUCCUCAACAUGAUAUUGAGCAAUUCUCAACAAUACCAUGAUACUUUUGUACACAAUGACAUGCAAUGUGGUGACAGACCAAGAAGAAUAUCUAAUGGACUGACUGAAAUGACUUGGUACCUACCAUGUGGAAACGAAAACAUAGACAUUUUCAGUGAACCAGUAGCUGUGGCUAAUCUUCGUGGGGACAUUGCCUCAUUUGAAACUCAGUUUUCUUUUUUGUGUCAGACAUCGGCAGCAGUUUUUGUCUUUUUUGACAAGUUGGACCGCAAGUGCAAACUGCUGUCCAACAAAAACCACAAGGCACAGAUCUUUUUGGUAGGCAACCAUCAAAGCAACAGCUUUAGUACUGAUGCUCUAAAAAAGGUGGCAACAAAACUGAACUUAACCAAGAACAUCAUUAUUAAGACAAAGCAGAUAAAUGAUGCAGAUUUUGUUCAAAGUCUGCGCAAAGCAGUCAACAAAGUGAUUGAGAACACAAAGAUGAGGAUGCCAAUUGAGCAGAUGGCUGACAUUUCCAAAGAACUGGGAAUCUUGGUUGAUGAAGACUGCAGAGAGUGCCAGACUGCCAAGAGAAAUGCAGAUGAAAUUACUGCACAAAUUCAAGACACCUUUAAGUACAAAGAAAGUCAGCUUCCACUGCAAGGCAAAAUAUGGAAGGAAUUGACGAAAUUAGAGAAAGAACAAUUUAGACUUCAAAACGUUGGAUCUGAAAACAUAGAAAACUACAAAGGUGGCCUUCAGAGAAAGCAGAAACAACUCAGGGAACAACAGAGCUCGCAUAACAUAUCAGAUGCCAUGACGUGUUUCAUCAGUGCAAUAUCAUGCCCAGGGAUAGAGAGAUGUUAUUUCCUAAAGUGGCUGCGAAUGAACCUUGAUAACCAGUCUCGCGAAAAACUGUCUGACCUCAGAAAGCAGUACAAAGACAAAUGCAAAGAUUCUAAGAACAAAGAUGCAAUCAAGGUCAUUGACAGAGAGCUUUCCAACAGUUCACUGGGAAGUGAACACUUUUUCCGUGAAAUGGGUCAGAUCUAUGAAGCUUCAGUUUUCCUUCCAGAAACUGAUCAGUCACGAAAACAAUUACAGGAUCUGCCUAAAAUCUGUGCUGGAUUACUGCUUGAUGGAUUUCCCCUUGAGCUUGUAGAUGGAGAUGCAUCCAACAUACCUCUCACAUGGGUGAAGGAUGUUCUCGCUCAGCUCAACCUAUUGGUGUCUCCAAAUAACAAAAUUCUGGUAGUCACAGUCCUUGGGGUUCAGAGUACAGGGAAGUCCACUCUUCUGAACACCAUGUUUGGAGUGCAGUUUGCAGUCAGCAGCGGUCGAUGCACUCGAGGUGCUUUCAUGUUACUCAUCAGAGUCGAUGAAGAUGUCAAAGAAGUCCUCAACUGUGACUUUCUGGUGAUUAUUGACACUGAGGGCUUAAAGUCACCAGAGCUGGCACAACUGGAUGACAGCCAUGAGCAUGACAAUGAGCUUGCAACACUUGUUGUGGGGCUGAGUGACAUCACCAUUAUCAAUAUUGCAAUGGAAAAUUCAACCCAAAUGAAGGAUAUCCUGCAAAUAGUUGUGCAUGCUUUUCUCAGGAUGAAAGAGGUGGGCAAAAAGCCUAAAUGUCAGUUUGUUCACCAGAACGUGUCAGAUGUUUCAGCUGACGAGAACAACUUGAGAGAGAGGAAAUUGCUCUUAGAGCAGUUAAACGUGAUGACACGAGCAGCAGCCAAAAUGGAAAAGAAAGAGGAGAACAAGUGCUUCACUGAUGUGAUGGACUACAGUGCAGAAACUGGGAACAGGUACAUUCCUGGGCUGUGGAAUGGAAACCCCCCAAUGGCACCAGUCAAUGCAGGGUACAGUGAAGCUGUGUAUCAGCUCAAGAAAAACAUCAUCCAACUACUGGGAAAUCGUGAGACCUCUCCUAAUGACAUCUCAAAGUUUGAAAGCUGGAUGUCAAGCCUGUGGGAGGCAGUAAAGCAUGAAAACUUCAUCUUCAGCUUCAGAAACAGUCUUGUUGCUGAGGCAUACAUGAGGUUAUGCACAGAAUUCAACAAAUGGGAAUGGGAAGUCAAAGAAUCCAUGUACCAGUGGGGAACAUAUGCUGAAACAACGAUUUCCAAUUUUGGUACACUAGCUACAAAAUCUGGAAUAACUGACUUAAGUCAACUUGUUUUGACUUUAAAGAAUGAAGCUUCUACAAAGCUGUCCGAGUUGGAAAAUGAGCUUCUUGAAAAAAUAAAGAAGUAUUUCAAGCAAAGAGACAACCACGUCAAUCUAGUGGAGAGGUACAAGCAGGAAUUUGUCAAUAGUGCAAAGAACCUUCGAACAGAUAUGGAGACCUCUGUGUACAGUCAGCUCACAGUAGCGAAACAACUUAAGGAGGGAAUGACAGAACUUGACAAAAUCAAGAGCAAUCACACAGUAGAAAUUGAAAAGGCAGUGUGUGUAUUGAUUGAUAAAUGUCGUAAGACAAAAGUCCAGAUGUCAGACACAGAGCUGGACAAAGAAUUUGAAAAGAUGUGGAAUCAAACAUUGAAUAAACUAACUUUCUCUGAACAACAACCAACAAAUGUCUUCACCAGUGUCUCUUACUACCUGAGACUAAAUCUGGCUCCUAAGGGGAGUCAUGCAUGUGAAUUGUUAAGCCAGAAAAGACUGGAAGAUUAUGGCAAAACUCCUUUCAAAUACAAGGUCUCAGGAAUCAAGGAGCACUUGAAACAUGUAGCAAGCAAUAUUUUACCUGUACAAGAUCCUUUAACUGUGGGACAAAAGCUGGCUGAUGGCAUCAUAGUUGAAUGCACCGAGUAUGUGAAUGCCAAAGUUCAAAAGCUCAACAAUUACUCUGAUGUCUACAUCCAGGAGAUCCUUCACAUGAUUGAUAAGCGACUGGAAAACAAUCAGAACAUUAAGGCAGACAAAGAGUUUGAAGUUUCUCUCAAACAACACAUCUGUGGAGUUGCAGCCACAGACUUUCAGAAAAUGCACAACAAUUUCUUACAAGAGAAUGACCCCUACAGAUGUCUGAACAAACACAAAGAAAAGUAUUGUAAAGAUUUUAAAGAUGUGUUCAAUAAACGAGACCAAUCUGAAAAAAAAGCUGAGGAAUUCACCAACAAGUGCUUGAAGCCUGCAGUUGAAAAAUUUGUCUACAGUAAACUGGGUCCUGAUAUCAUUCGCGAAAUGAAGGCUCAACCACAGUUCAUUGCAAGAAUAUACACCCAGUAUGAAAUUUUACUGGAUUUGCUUUCAAAGGAUAGCCAUACAGAUUACUUGAGAUACAUCCGCUCAUAUGAGGGCUAUGUGAAGGAUUGGAUACUCAACCAAACAGUGAAACACUUCACAAAAGGUUCAAAGGCAUUUGAGUUUGAGGAUCGGCAUCUUGAGACGAGCAUCGGCAGCAUAAAUGACGCAAUCAGCAAGGCCAAAAAGAAAACAAGUGAUGACUUGAAAACAUUCAUCAAAAACUUCUGUCAGGAACUUGGUGAUACACUGGUCAUUCCCCAGGAUGCACUUGGUGCUUUCAUGAUCCUGAACAAAGCAAACCAAGAACAAUUUGCUAACUGGUUCACACAAUUUGUGAAGGACAUGGAACAAAAUCUGAGACAAAAGUUUAAAACCACAAACUUCAGCAUGAAACUGAAAUGUCUUGAUAUCAAGCCUCAGCAGGAGCUUUUCAGUCAAAUCAUUGGAUGCGGUAAACAGUGUCCAUUUUGUGCAGUGGCUUGUGUGCAAGGAGGAGGUUCCCAUACUGAGCACAUGGCUAAACUACAUAGGCCACAGGGUCUGAACGGAUACAGACGGGUGAAAUCAGGAAAACUUGUGACCGACAUAUGCACAUCAUCAGUGAACAGUGACAAACAUUUUCGUUGUACUGAAACAAAAUAUAGUUGGUAUCCUUACAAGAAAUACACAGAUAUCUUUCCAGACUGGAAAAUUCCUCCUGAUGGAUCCUUUGAGGCAUCCAACUACUGGAAAUAUGUAAUGGCUAGGUUCAAUGACAAGUUUGCAGAAGCACAUGGUGCAGAGCCUGCUGAUAUUCCUGUCACCUGGAAAUCGAUCAGACGAGCACAGGCAGAGGAGAGUCUGAAACAGUCACUAAAGAAUUAAGAAGAAACUAGUUUGAGAAAUAGACCACAAGCACAUCAAAGUUUGAUUUUAUAUGAUAGAUCCUCCUUAUACUGCCAGUGAAAUCAUCAUUCCAGAUAUUCAAAGAAAUUAAUUGCUGGGAAAAUGUGUUUCUUUUAAUAAAUCCUAUGCAAGAUGAUGUUUUUUGUUUCUGUGAUAUAUCAUGUACAUGUAUUGUUUUAUCUCUUAAAAUGAUAAAGUUUGUACUGUGUUAUUCAUCAUAAUUAUUGAGACAUAUUUAGUACAAUAGAUGGAUGGAUGCCGUAACAUCAGAAUUUUUCAGGCAUUUUUUCAAUGUUAAAUGCAGGAUCUCUGUUUUUUUUUCUUCUCGUACCAAAUAUUUUAAUUUUAAUUUUUAUCUUAAAAGAUUAUUCACUUCAUGUGGGGUGUUGUCAAUUGAAAUGAGAAUGAAAUGAAAUUCCAAGUGUGUGAUCUCUGGACAAUGUCAUAUGAAGUUAAUAAAUAUCCCAUCUUUACAGUUUCAA